CGAUGGCUAGAUGCUUAUUUAUUUAUAUUGUUCAUGGAGAACCAACAGCAUAUGGUAACAAAAUAAAAAAAAACUACAAAACACGGAAAUGCCAUUAAUAUUUUCCCACCAAUAGUGACAAAAAUUAAUGACUAUAGUUAGUUAAUAAUAAAAAAUAAACUAUAAUUAUUACAUAAUAACAGCAGCAAGCGCCACGCCUAAAUAUUAUUAUCCCUUUUUACCUUUAUAAAGAAUUUUAUAUGCAUUUCAGCCCUCCUGAAAUCCCUAUAACCCUCGGCCACUUCUACCUAGAGGCAGCACAUGUGAACACCCGGACCGCUGUAUCGGAUUACCUCUCGAGGCAAGUGCGUGUGCUGUGCUGGGUGAUGACGCACCCUCGCGGCCACCAGAGGGCGCUGCACGCUAUGAACACUUGGGGGAAACGGUGCAAUAAGGUGUUACUUAUGAGCACGGAAAAAGAUCCACGGGUACCUACAAUUCCUUUAGAGGUGCAGGAGGGAAAAGAUUACCUGUAUUGGAAGUCGCUAGCUGCUUUCGCAUACAUUUACGACAACCACCGCAAGGAGGCUGACUGGUUCCUUAAAGCUGACGAUGACACGUUCGUGAUCGUAGAAAACGUACGUUUUAUGCUAUCCAUCUACAAUCACAGCGAGCCUUUAUACUUCGGUCACCGGUUUCAGCAUUUCACCUCUCAGGGUUACAUGAGCGGCGGCGCCGGCUAUGUUCUAAGCGGAGCUGCGCUAGACCGCCUCAUACAACAUGGAUAUUACGGAAACAGGUGUACUUCUAUCGAUUUCCAUGGAGCUGAGGACGUUUCAAUUGGUGUAUGCCUGGACGACCUCCAAGUGAAAGCGAUGGACUCAAGGGAUGUUUAUCUACGGGAGAGGUUCUUCCCCUUCAUCCCCUCCCUACACAUGUUCCCCUCCUCACGGGAGGGAGUGCCCUCAUGGUAUCAGCUGUACACGCUUUAUCCGCAAAAUGACGGCAUCAACUGUUGUUCAGACUUCGCUAUAAGUUUCCACUACAUUUUACCUGAAGAAAUGCAUCUUUUUGAUUAUUUGCUUUACCACCUUAGGCCUUACGGGGUCGACUACAAACAUUCCAUGUACGACCAAGCUAUGUAUAAUUUGAAAACUGAUGGGAAACAUAGACGCAGCUUGGAACCCCCCAAGCCAGCAGUAAUAAAGACAGUUGCGGGGGCCUACUCCAGCUUCGUGAAGAUCCUGUGCUGGGUCAUGACCCGCCCCGAGACCCACGCGACCCGGGCGGCCCACGUGAAGGCCACUUGGGGCAAGCGGUGCGAUAUCCUGCUCUUUAUGAGCACUGAGAAAGAUAAUUCUCUCCCUACGGUGAAGCUGAAUGUUCAGGAAGGUCCUGACUUCCUGUGGCGCAAGACUCGAACUGCCUUCAGAUACGUGCACAGGCACUAUAUAGACCGCGCCGACUGGUUCCUGAAAGCUGACGAUGAUACAUACGUUAUUGUAGAAAAUCUUCGCUUCAUGUUGUUUAAUUACGAUACUCAGAGACCUAUUUAUUUCGGGCAUCGCUGCAAAGAUAAAAGCAAGCAAAGUUACAUGAGCGGCGGGGCUGGGUACGUGCUGAGCAGGGAUGCUCUGGAUAAACUUAUCAACACGGGGCUGCCGGCCCACGCCCCCUGCAGCAAGCGGGGCCAAGGGAAUGAGGAUUUGCAGAUGGGCAAAUGUCUCGAGAGCAUCGGCGUGAGGGCCAUGGACUCCAGAGACCUGUACUCUCGGGAGAGGUUCCUCCCUCUCGCACUCACCAACCAGUUCCCCGUGGACUUCAAGAAACACCCGUGGGAACAUCCAACUACUUAUUAUAAGAGUAGGAAGGGUUUCGAUUGCUGUUCAGACUUCGCGAUCACAUUCCACGGCAUCGACCCCCAAAGCAUGUACCUGUUGGACGCCCUCGUGUACCACAUACGACCUUACGGCAUCGACUAUAAACAUGACCCAUCUUCUGACAGUUAUGAGCAGUAA